AUGUAAAAUGAAGAAGCCUCUUUAAUAGAAAUUGGAUUUGAAAUCAAUAUUACUAAUAAAUUGGAAUUUGCUAAGUGUUUAUUGAUAGCUGAAAAUUGGAUAUCAAAAGCUGAAGUAAAGGUAAUCAUUUAAUAAGAAGAAAUUAAUAAUUUUUUAAAUUAAAGAAAUAUAAUAAUAAUUAUAUCUAUAAGUUUAAUAUUCAUAUUAAUAGUUUGCCUUAUUUUUAUAUUAAGAAGAUAAUAAUUAAAAUAUCAAUAAUUAAAAUAAUUUUAGUCAAUAUCAUUAGAUUAAUCAAAAAUAGAAUGA